AUUUCCUUCCUGUUAGAGGUGGUCUAUUUUACUUUUCUUUUAUUGCCAUUUUAAAGAAAUAUCGCCAAAAAAUAUUAAUAUACGAUCAGGCAGUAACAGUAUGAUCAUCCAGAUACAAUACGUAAGACCUGUAGGUUUAACCUGUGGUUAUAAAGCGUUAACUGAGUCGUUUUAACUUUAACUUCGUGUUGCUGGAGGCCAUCAGUGUGACGUUUUAAGAAUUUGACGGUAGGCUUAUGGCAGGAAGAAAAAAAACUAUCCCGAGCAGUCAAUGAACCUGAAAACCAGAAACACCAUUUGAAUGUUCUACCCAACAAACGGAUAAAGAACAAUCAGCUUGAAAAUGGCCCUAAAUACUGAGCCAGAGCAAAGCAGAUAUUUCAGGAAAAAUGAGCCAAGGGUCCGAUUAGAAGAGGAAUUCUUCAACCAGCCUUGUGUUAGUUUGGCUCAAGCAUUGCUUGGCAAGGUGUUGGUCCGCAGAUGUGCCGAUGGCAGCGAGCUUCGAGGGAGGAUUGUGGAGACCGAAGCGUAUCUCGGAGGGGAGGACAAAGCCUCACACUCAGCAGGUGGCAAACGCACAGACAGAAAUGCUGCCAUGUUCAUGAAGCCCGGCACGAUCUAUGUGUAUCCAAUUUAUGGCAUUUACCUCUGCAUGAACGUGUCCAAUGCAGGUGAGGGCGCCGCGGUGUUGCUGCGAUCCCUGGAGCCCCUGCAGGGUCAGCCUAUCAUGAAGCAACUGAGGUCGGCCAAACGACGAGAGGGUGCACGACAGCUGAAGGACAAAGAGCUCUGCAAUGGGCCUUCGAAGCUUUGUCAGGCUUUAAACAUUUCUCGCUGCUUUGACCGUCGAGAUCUGGCGUCAGACCCAGACGUGUGGCUCGAGCGAACCCCCGACAUGAGUCCCUUAGACCCCCUUGAUAUAGUAUCAGCCUCACGCAUCGGGAUAGAGUCCCAUGGGGAGUGGGCCUUGAAGCCCUUGCGGUUUUAUCUCCGUGGGCAUCCCUGUGUUAGCGUACUGAACAAAGAGUUAGAGCAACAGACUCGCUCUGUAACGACAAAUGAUUUGGUUUCAUCUGACGUGAAGCCGGACACAAGACAGCAAACGGUCAGCUUGAGUUAACAGGAAUGGUUUUGACUUUUCUAGCAUCUGCCCCUUAUAGACUUGAGAAUUUCCCAUGGAUUGUUAAUUCCAUUCAUACUUUUAUGGCUGUAGAUCUUGGAAGGCCACGGUCUAUACAGUGACAAACCGGUGUGUGAUACACACCUGUCCAUGAAUAUCAUCUGGCAUUCAGUUUGAUGAUGUAGCAUGCCAGAUUGUUCCAUAUUAUGUGUAAAAACAACCAUACUGCACCUGUAGUACAGCUUUAGCACAACCUCUGCUUUUGGAAAACCUCCCGGUGAUGUCACAGCAUGUAUGACAAUGCUACAGUCUCCUCAGAAAAGCAAGAGAUUACCAAAGGAUGUCAAAAGAUUGUAAUGAAUGAAAGAAAAUACUGAACAUCUUGAAAAAUGCCACCACGGAUAAAACAAGAUCACGGCACAAUGGCAGAUUAUCCCAUUAUCAUCAGACACUUUCAGAGGUAUGUACAUGAUUUCAGGUUGGCACUACAGCGGCACAAGCUGGUACCUUUACCGAAAACAUGCCCAACCAAAGGCCGCUGGUUUGAGGCCAUCUAUGCCUCAUUCUCCUUGUACAUCCUGAAUCAGGAGUACAGCCGAUGCAAAACUUGUUCUAAAUCAUGCAGAACUAUACCAGAUCUCCCGUGGCUACCCUGCACAAAAUGAGAGAAACUGAAAGAAGAGAGAUUUGAGGGACAUCAUGGUGCCACAGGCGGUUACUACACUUUCCUCUUUCCUACACCUGUGCCCCAUUCUCCACAUACAUCUGGGUGUUCCAUCAGAAAGCACAUCCAGUGUAAAACUGAUGUCAAAUCAACAUGUGGCUCCAUAUAUAAAUUUACAAUGCCAGUACUACAUGUAUAUUGGUUGAAUUCAUUGUUGAAAUCCUGGCAUUGCAAACUCCUGGAGGAUUUGUAGGAUCCACUGCGCAACUAGACUCUUUCUCUCCGAUUGUUCUGUCUGAGUUAUUUUCAUUAGUUACUUCAUCCAAACCAUCAACAUGCUUAUUAGACCCCAUUCCUGCCAGGCUGCUCAAGGAAGU